AUGACCUCCCAACUCCCAGCUCCUGCUUAUCACCCAGGCAAUGCCAACGACAUCGGAGUGCCAGUUCAAGGCCUCGCGGGUGUUGUCGCUGCUGGCCCUUACUCUGGAGAUAGCUUGCGUCGGAUGGCGGACAUAAAGGAUCUCCAAGACAGAUCCCUUGCCCUGGGCUCCAAGAUCCAAUCCUUCGAGAAGGAGGCGAAGGCCUUGGUUACCCUGGCCGUGGAUUCUUCAGAUCCCGCCGGCACCGAGCCACGCGAUGACCAGGACGAGGGUGGCGACUCGACCGCCAUCUACGAAAGCGCCUCUGAGUUGGAGAAGCGUUACAGGGUCAACCUCUGGACCAUGAGAGGGUUAGCUGCGUCAACUCGUGCGAGCCUCGACGACUUUGUGGAAGUUGUCUUGCCCAAUGUCAUCGACAACACUGCUACUGAGUCCGAGAAACAUCAGGACCUUCGAGCUGUGAUUGCGCGGGCAGAGUCAGGCCCAGAAGGCGACUCAACCCCCCUAAGCGUCAGCUUUGCCGAAGCUGAGAAAGACUUCCACAGCCUUCUCGGGAAGGCGAUCACGGAAUGCAUGGUUCAGUCAGCCGUAAUCAAAACUAAUGCAGCCAACCUUGCCAAGACGAAGGAGAAGUUAGAGAAACAGUUGGAAACUUUGGGUCGCUCUAAGGUUAGAAAACCGCACGACGACAAGCUUAUUUCCAGUGGUGCUCCGCCUAAGCAUAAGGACCCCAAGACUCCAGGGAAUACGGCUGAAGACGAGAAACGCAAUGACCUCAAGCGCCAGAUCGAUUUGGUGACUUCCCAGAUCACCGAGCUUCUGGAGGCGCAGAAGGCCAUUGACACCAUUCGAGGCCGGGUCGAGAAGGAAAUUGAAGGCAUACCAAAGCCCUCUGAGGUCUCUGAAUGCAUCUUGGAGGCCUGGAAGACGACUGUCGAGGCGGCACGCACGAUCGAUAGCGAGGAUCUUUCAAGGCUCGAGAGCGAUGAGGUACUUUUGCUUAAGAUCCAAAGCGUUGAGGCGACAACGAAAGCCUAUUCGUCGGCCCUCUAUAAUCUGGCCACCGCGCUUGAGGGGUAG